AUGGUGCCUAAGAACUACCAGCACAUCCUGGCCUUGGUUUUUGCAGUAAAGGAAAUCAAUGAAAGCCCACACCUCUUACCCAAUGUCACUUUGGGCUUCCACAUCUAUGACAGCUAUUUAAGUGCAAAGUGGACCUAUCAUGCCACUUUGCUACUUACAUCCACUCUGGAGAGAUUUGUUCCCAGUUACAGAUGUGGUGUCCAGAAUAGUCUGAUAGCAGUCAUUGGGGGACUGGACUCUGAAAUCUCCCUUUGUGUUGCAACUAUAUUGGAUGUCUAUAAGAUACCACAGCUCAUAUAUGGCUCUGCUCCAGUGAUGAAUGAUAAAACUCCAGGCCUUCAUUUCUACCAGGUGGCAUCUCAGGAAGAGCAACAAUAUGUGGGGAUUCUCUCUUUGCUGCUGCAUUUUAGAUGGACAUGGAUUGGGGUUGUUGUUAUGGAUAAUGACAAUGGAGAAACGUUUGUUCGUACUGUAGUUCCACUGUUUUCCAAGAAUGGUGUCUGCUUUGCCUUCCUAGAAAGAAUCCCUAGUUAUAGUUAUGUCACGGAAACUAACAAUAUGAUACAACAGGGGGCAAAAAUACAUGAUAAAGUGAUGAGCAGCAAAGCCAAUGUUGUGGUGGCCAAUGGGGAAUCUUAUUCCAUGACCAUUUUCAGAUGGCUUCCAUAUGUAUCAGAAUUAGAAGACAUAAGAAGGAAACCAAAAGGUACAGUAUGGAUAGUGACAGCCCAGGUGGAGUUUACUUCAUUGGUCUAUCAAAGAACGUGGGAUACAGCUUUGUUCCAUGGUGCUCUGUCCUUCAAAAUUCACUCCAAUAAUAUACCAGGAUUUUCCCAAUUUGUAAAGAGCAGAAUCCCAUCUAGCACAACAGGAGAUGAUUUCAUCACAGAUCUCUGGCAACAGAUGUUUGGCUGUGGGUUUCCAAAUACUGUUGGGGACAAGGUGGACGGAGAUAUAUGCACAGAGGAGGAGACAUUGGAGAGCCUUCCUGGGACUUUUUUUGAAAUGAGCAUGACAGGCCAUAGCUACAGUAUCUACAAUGCAGUCUAUGCUGUGGCUCAUGCAUUACAUGCUAUGCCCUCAUCUAUACUCAGACAGAAAGGAAUGGUGGAUGAAAGAGGAUUGAAGAUUCAAAAUCAACCGUUCUGGCAGCUCCAUCGCUUUCUGAGAGGUGUCUCAUUUAACAACAGUGUUGGGGACAAAGUUUCCUUCAAUCAGAAUGGGGAGAUAGUAGCUGGACUGGAUAUUGACAACUGGGUAUUUUCCUCAAACCAAUCCUUUCAUCGUGUGAAAGUUGGGAGGGUUAAUCCUGAGGAUCCUGCAGACCAAGCAUUCACUAUCAGUGAGGCUGGCAUAACAUGGCACAGCUGGUUUAACCAGACACAACCUCUUUCAAUAUGCAGCAAGAGUUGCCAUCCUGGUUCUAGCAAGAAAGUGAGGGAGGGGGAGCCAUUUUGCUGUUAUGAUUGUACCCCAUGUCCAGAAGGGAAGAUUUCAGAGCAGAAAGACAUGAAUGACUGUCAAAAAUGCACAAGUGAUAAGUAUCCAAACAAAAAUCAGGAUUUCUGUAUUCCCAAGACUGUAACCUACUUAUCUUAUGAAGAACCUUUGGGGAUCAUUUCAGCCUGUUUCGCUCUUUCUUUUUCUUUGAUCACAGCUCUAGUGCUAGGAACGUUUAUGAAGUACCAUGACACUCCCAUCAUCAAAGCUAACAGGCAUCUCACCUACACUCUCCUCAUCUCCCUCUUGCUUUGCUUCCUUUGUGCUUUGCUGUUCAUUGGUUUUCCUGCAAAGGUGACAUGUCUCCUCCAACAAACAGCUUUUGGUAUCAUCUUCUCAUUGGCUGUUUCUUGUGUGUUGGCAAAAACCAUCACUGUGGUUCUGGCUUUCAUGGCAACCAAACCAGGGUCCAGGAUGAGGAAAUGGGUGAGGAAGAGGCUAGCCAACUCCAUUAUUCUUUCCUGCUCCCUUAUUCAAGUAGGCAUCUGUAUUUUGUGGCUAGCAAUCUCUCCCCCAUUCCCAGAUGCAGACAUGCACUCAGUGGCUGAGGAAAUUGUACUGGGAUGUAAUGCAGGCUCUGUGAAUAUAUUUUACUAUGUCCUAGGCUAUAUGGGGUUCUUGGCUAUUGUCAGCUUCACUGUGGCUUUCCUUGCCAGGAAGUUACCAGAUAGUUUCAAUGAAGCCAAGUUCAUCACUUUCAGCAUGUUGGUCUUUUGCAGUGUGUGGUUGUCCUUUGUUCCAACGUACUUAAGCACUAAGGGAAAAUACAUGGUAGUUGUGGAGAUCUUCUCUAUCUUAGCUUCCAGUGCUGGGUUAUUGGCUUGCAUCUUUUUUCCAAAAUGUUAUAUUAUUGUCUUGAUGCCUGAGUUGAACAAUAGGAAACAGCUAAUAAGAAAAAAAUGA